AGGCCGGGGGCCUUGCCGCUGCCUCCCGGGCUGGGGCACGAGUGGCUGCGGAGUGCGGGUGGUUGGGCGUGAGGGGCCGACGGGCUCGCGCGCGCGCCGUCUGCUGAGGUCCCUCGGGAAGGAGGAGAGCGCCUGACGCCGACCCGCACGCGCAGCCCGGCAGUCGGCGGCGCGCCGAGGGCGGAGGUGGUGCGUGUGUGUGUGUGUGUGUGUGUGUGUGUGGAGCUCGGGUGCCAAGGGCGAGCCGUCAGUCCCCGGGUGCGAGUCCCUGCUGUCUUCCACACCCUUCCUCCCUCCAGGCUCCUUUCCUACAUCCUUCCCGCGCCCCCACGGUUGCGGACCGAGCGAGAACCCCCUUAAGCAGGUGUGGGGGGCGUGCGGGGUGGCACGAGACAAAAGGGGCACGGGGGUAAGCCCGCCAUGGCCUCCCGGAGCCUGGGGGGCCUGAGCGGGAUCCGCGGCGGUGGCGGCGGAGGCGGCAAGAAAAGCCUGAGCGCCCGCAAUGCUGCGGUGGAGAGGAGGAACCUGAUCACCGUGUGCAGGUUUUCUGUGAAGACCCUGAUUGAUCGGUCUUGCUUUGAGACAAUUGAUGAUUCUUCUCCUGAAUUUAACAAUUUUGCAGCUAUUUUGGAACAGAUUUUAAGCCACCGGCUAAAAGAGAUUUCCCAAAGUUGCAGAUGGCUGGCUCAUCUCCAAAUACCUCUUCAAGGUCAAGUAACCUGGUUUGGUUAUGAAAGUCCUCGUAGCUUCUGGGACUAUAUCAGAGUGGCUUGCCGGAAAGUUUCACAGAAUUGUAUCUGCAGCAUUGAAAAUAUGGAAAAUGUCAGUUCUUCUAGAGCUAAGGGUAGAGCCUGGAUCAGAGUAGCACUCAUGGAAAAACAUUUAUCUGAAUACAUCUCUACAGCUCUGAGAGACUUCAAAACAACCAGGAGAUUUUAUGAAGAUGGAGCAAUUGUCUUGGGUGAAGAAGCAAAUAUGCUUGCUGGCAUGCUUCUAGGACUCAAUGCUAUUGAUUUCAGUUUCUGCCUAAAGGGAGAGGGGCUGGAUGGCAGUUUUCCUGCUGUAAUAGACUAUACACCAUAUUUGAAGUAUAUCCAAAGUUCUGAUAGUAUCAGCAGUGAUGAGGAGGAGCUAAGGACUUUGGGAAGCAGUGGUAGUGAAAGCAGUACUCCAGAGAAUGUCGGACCUCCUUUCCUCAUGGAUGAGAACAGUUGGUUCAACAAGUGUAAGCGAGUUAAACAAAAAUAUCAGCUUACCCUGGAACAGAAGGGUUACCUUGAAGAACUCUUACGACUUCGAGAGAACCAACUAUCUGAAUCUGUCUCCCAGAAUAAAAUACUACUUCAAAGGAUUGAAGAUUCUGAUCUGGCUCAUAAACUGGAGAAGGAACAAUUAGAAUAUAUAAUUGUGGAGCUUCAAGAUCAGCUGACUGUGCUAAAGAAUAAUGAUUUAAGAUCGAGACAAGAGUUAACUGCCCAUCUCACCAACCAGUGGCCUUCCCCAGGAGCUCUGGAUGUCAAUGCUGUUGCCUUGGAUACGUUGCUUUACCGAAAACACAAUAAACAGUGGUAUGAGAAAAGUUAUCAAAGUCUUGACCAGUUAUCAGCAGAAGUUAGCCUUUCUCAGACUUCACUAGAUCCAGGCCAGUCACAAGAAGGAGAUGGAAAACAAGACACAUUAAAUGUAAUGAGUGAAGGUAAAGAAGAUACUCCCUCAUUACUUGGCCUCUGUGGAUCUCUAACGUCAGUGGCAAGUUACAAGUCUCUAACAAGCUUAAAAUCUAAUGACUACCUUGCAAGUCCUACAACAGAGAUGACAAGUCCAGGCCUAACUCCAUCCUGAAGAUUUUUGUGUAAAAGCCAAAACUUUUUAUGUUGUAAAUGUUUAAUUUACAUGUUUGACUGCUGGGAAGACCUUUGAAAUUUUAUAUUGUUCUGGUACAUAUCUGAAAUUCUAUUGCUUGGAGAGAAUCCCCUCCAGAUAAGAGAUUUUGAGUGAAAAACAUAAUGAUCCUGCCAUUUUUCAUUUUUAAAAUUCUUACAUUUGUCAUUGAGAAAGUUCAAAAUGGAAUAGGCUUUAAAAAAAAAAACUUUCAAACAUCCACCAAAUCAUUCAUAGCAAAUUGUACAUAUUGUUCAGCUGAUUUUUAUAUAUUUAAAUAUACCUUAGUGGCCAGAGACUGACUUCAAGGUUUUAUUCCAGAGACUCCAGAGACUUAAGCUAAGUAAUUUUUUCAUUCUUUUAGAUUUUCAAAAAAAAAAAAAAAAAGUUAAUUUCAUUUUUUCAUUAAUGUCUUGCUAAGUUCUAUGCUUUAAAUGCCUUGUUUUUAAUAACGGGAAAGUUCUCAGCUGCAUUUUCACAGUGGUUUAUUCAGUUUUUCUUUAAUAUUUACCAUUUGGUAUCAACUCAGCAUUCCACUUAACAUUUUAUAAAUUCCAUAGGAAUAUGCCUGUUUUGGUAGUUACUGACUUAAUUUGUUAGUGCCACAAGGAAAAUAUUUUACAGUAUUUUAUGCCAUUUAGGUAAAAUGAAUAAACUGUUUUCCAAGAUUUUCUUAAAAGAUUAUCAAUUUAAAAGUAUGAUCAAGUAUGCCUCAAAAACUAGAAACAUUUCAAAAUGUAGAACAAACGUUGAAAAAUUGUUUUGCCAGGAAAGAGUUCAAGUUCAGUUAAGGAUUUGAGAGGCUUUUAAACAAGGAUCAGUAGGAUAGUUAUCAUAUUUACUUAAUAUAUGUCUGAUACUCAGUGCUGGUUCUUUUUCAUGUUUGUGCAACAAUGAAUUGUGUCAUGUGUGUUUUAUAGCCUCUAUCAUUAAUCACACCACAAUCUCAUUUUAAAACAUUUUAAUGUUAAAACAUCCCCACAGUUAUACACAGGUAAAAUUAGUUUUUUUUUUUUAAAGUUGUAAUCUGUACUUUUUUUUUUUUUGCAAUUUUUGAAACAGCUACAUUAAUCCCUAAAAAUCCCACCAUACUGAAAAUGUAUGGCGUGUAUUUUCUAUAGUAAGUAAUAUGAGGAAAACAUGAUUAGCUGUGCCAAAGAAAUUUUAUACAUUGUUUACAUGAUGAGGCCACAGUACUUACUGAGGACUUCAUAUGUUUUGUUUAUUAUUAUUGAGAAGAGUUAAGAGCUGAGGUUACCACAUUCAUUCUUUGUGUUAGAAAUGUAGGAGUGUGGUGGUUUUCUGCAAUAUUUAGAGCUUAGUCUCAUAAUUUGGAAUUUAAGAUAAUAAGUAGUAACAAGGCAAGUCUUUUAUGUAAGACAGUCAAACAGUGUCACUUCAGGGACAAAGGCCUGGAAGCCCUUAAAAUAAGUUAUCUUAGAUGUGCCAGAACAUAUUCAGAGCUUUAUUCCUUUAAGCUUAAGGCUUCAAUACUUGCAGAAAUGCAAAUAUUCUUUAGAAAUGAUACAUUUUUGUUCUCAAUUUCUCAAUUCUACAUACCUGAUUAUGAGUGAAGUAUCCAAAGCAGGUUUUCAUCAGCAUGGGGGAUGGAAGGUAGGUAUAAUAUGAGGACAAUGGAAACUUUGGGAGAAGGGAGUGAGGAAAUGGAUAAAGAGAAAUUUGAAAAUUUUAGGCUGGACUUGAGCACUAUUGCUGCUUUCCUAUGAACUAUCAGAAUGUUUAAAUGCUUUAUCAUUCAUGGUCCACUCUCAACCAACAUUUAUUAUCCUUUAGUAAUUAAACGAUGGUUUUACAUACAUUUUUAUAAUGUAGAAGGAAAUUCAAGAUUCCAUAAUCGUAAAAUUUUUCAGAUUUGUCUAAUGUGUAAUUUGUGCAUCUUCACAUGCUGCUAAAUGCAGAUUUAAACAUUACAUCUGAGGAUCAUGACUUUUCCUCCUUUCUUGGAGAUCUUGGUAUAAAAUUCAUCUGCUGUUAUAAAAUCAGGUUUCUACAGAGUUCAUUUCACACUAAAGGUAGUUUGUUACUGUUUGCAUGAGGAAACCAUGUAUGUCUCAAUCUUUAAUUUUAGGUGGUAGUGUUUAUUGUUCACCCUCCCUCUUGCCUCCAAAAGAAUGCUGAAUUAUACGCCAAUAUUUCCAUGUGUAUUCUGUUGCCUUGAUGCGUACUAUACUUGUUGCAUGUAUAUUAAAAAUUUUGUACUAUG